CACCAUUUACAAAAUAUGCCCGGUCUUGUUGGAGAUACAGCAGAUACAGUUUACACGAUUUCAAAAGAUGUUGAGGUUGUACCGACUUUCGAUGCGAUGGGAUUGAACCCGGAUUUGUUGCGAGGCAUUUAUGCAUACGGUUUCGAAAAGCCCUCGGCCAUUCAGCAGCGUGCGAUUCUCCCCAUUAUCAAAGGCAGAGACGUUAUCGCUCAAUCCCAGUCAGGAACGGGAAAGACCGGUGUGUUCUGCAUUGGAGUGCUUCAGAACAUCGACCCCUCUCUCAUGGAGACGCAGGCCCUCAUUUUAUCGCCCACGCGCGAGUUGGCUGAGCAAUCACAGAAAGUGUUGCUUUCGAUCGGAGAUUGCAUGAAAGUGCAGUGCCACGCAUGCGUUGGAGGCAAGAGUCUGAGCGAUGACAUCCGUCGUCUCGAUUACGGUGUCCAAGUGGUGUCCGGCACUCCGGGCCGUGUCUACGAUAUGAUCAACCGUCGUCAUUUGCGAACGCGCAAUAUCAAGAUCCUGGUGAUCGACGAAGGCGAUGAGAUGCUGAAUCAGGGCUUCAAGGAGCAGCUGUACGAUAUCUACCGCUAUCUGCCUCCAGCAACGCAAGUGGUGCUUGUUUCUGCGACGAUGCCGAAGGAGGUGCUGGACAUGACGAGCAAGUUCAUGAACGAGCCGGUGAAAAUCCUUGUGAAGCGCGAUGAGCUGACGCUGGAGGGCAUCAAGCAGUUCUUCGUGGCGGUGGAGCGCGAGGAGUGGAAGUUCGACACGCUGUGCGACCUGUACAACAACCUGACCAUCACGCAGGCCGUCAUCUUCUGCAACACGCGGCGCAAAGUGGAAUGGCUGGCGGCGAAGCUGCGCGAGGCGAACUUCACGGUGAGCUCGAUGCACGGAGACAUGCCGCAGAAGGAACGCGAUCGCAUUAUGGAGGAGUUCCGAGCCGGGAAUAGCCGAGUGCUGAUCGCUACCGACGUGUGGGGACGAGGACUGGAUGUGCAGCAGGUGUCGCUGGUGAUUAAUUACGAUCUGCCGAAUAGUCGAGAGCUGUAUAUUCAUCGGAUUGGACGAUCCGGACGAUUCGGAAGGAAGGGCGUCGGAAUCAACUUUGUCACGAAUGAGGAUAUCAGCGUUCUGAGAGAUAUCGAGCAGUACUACAGCACGCAGAUCGAUGAAAUGCCUAUGAACAUUAACGACUUAAUCUUCACUUUUUGUUAUACACUCAAGGAGUGCACUUGUAAACAAUGUCAAACAGUUCCGCGUCCACCAUGGACAAAUACGAGCAGUUGUCUCCGCUCUUUAAGAACGAGAGCCGCGUCAUGA